AUGCUCUCCGAUCCGUCGUCUUACCCCGUCCGGAGCGGAGGCGGCGGCCUGGCCGUGGACCGAGGAGGAGUGAACAAGCCGGCCUUCCGCGAGCGGAUUCAAAUACCUGAUGACAGCUCGUCGAUCGAUUCGGGGUCAAGCGACGCACAGAUGAAGAAGAGACUUAGUGCAGACAUGUCCAAGGAGCAGGUGGAGGAGUUGGUGAGGAAGCUCACUAUUGAUGAGAUGAAGACCAAGUGGUUUGACGAGAUCUUUGCCAAGGUCAAGUCCGAGCUCGUCGAGCAUCCUUCACCAGAUACUCCAUCUUCAUCAGAACCCUCCAGCCCCAAGUCCAAUCCCAUCGACCACAAAACCGCCUUCCAAGCAACAGUCGAAGACGACCCCGAAGACUCAAUGUCACAGUCCUUCGAGUCCAGCAGGAGAACCUCGAACCGCAGCUCGGCCGCAUCAACUUGCAGCCCUACGUCAUCCUUCAUCUCCAAGACCAAACCGACAAAGCCCGCCCUCGUCAACCAUAACAAUCACUCCCCGAGCGAGUCGCCCCAGCAUAGUCCCAAGAUCCGGCAGUCCGUGCGCUUCUCCGAUCGGGGACCCGUUAUUCUGAACGGUCGGCCGGCGACCCGCACUGAGGCGCCCCAUCCGGAGCCUCCGGUGAUUGAUGAGCAGGGGAAUGCUCUCUCAGCGGUGGACCAGAAAUGGGGGAAGCUUUUUGAUGAUAGGGGUGAACCGACUGCCCGGCUCGGUCAAGUUCUGAGGGGAAUUGCCAACUACUUGAUUGCUGAAUACACGCCUCACAACUCUCUCGUCGUCACACCAGAGAAACUCAACCUUUUUUACGCUACCUACAAACUCGAAUCCGAGGCAUUUCCCUUCCAACAAAUAUUCGACUGUAACCCCCACGGAGCUCUCGACAACCUCGAGACCCUAUACCAACACCUCCGCUGCGAGAACCACCUAAUCCAACGACGCCCAACCGGCAUGCCUCACAUUCCCUCCCUCACACCCGCCGGCUUCGAGCGGUGGAUGGUCUGUCAAAUCCAGACUUUUCCUGACCAAGAGGCCAAGCGACUCAACCGCGUCAUCGCUGACCUACCCAUCACCGCCGACGGACCUCUAGUCGAUGGAAAGCCAGAGCGCCUACCGAAGCAGCUUUCGAGACAUCUCUUGCCUGCGGAUAGACAGAGGGAAACGCAUGAUCUUGUCGUCAAUGCUAUUUCUGACUGGAUCAAGAUGGCCAAUGAGAACGAUAUCGAGUAUCGAAGAGCUUCCUUUGAUGAAUCUCACAAGUCUAGCUCUUCAAGAGAUGAAGGCGCAGGGCGAUACAGACCUGACGACUACCGGAACCAUGACUCAUCCAAGUAUCGCCGCGGCUCAAGAGACAACUACAAGUCAUCAUCAUCCCGCACCGAUACUUCAAGUCGCUUCAUUCCUCGUGCCAACUCAGACAAUACGAUGAAGCCAUCGAAGGAGCACUCUCCACCCCCGCCGACGACAACAUCAAACCACAGAUCUCGCAGCCCCAUGUCAAACCGCUACCGCCACUCAACUUCUGCUAUCGAGAGCAGCUCCAGCCCCCCUGACUCCUACGACCUCGUCUCAUCAAGCCACCGAAACGGCUACUCAAGCAGUCAACGAAACCGAGAAAAGGAGUACCGCUACUACCAAGGCCGGGAACCAAAGACCUCCACAGAGGCAACACCGCGGUCGAUCCCCCGCCGAGAAAGCGAGCGACGAAGCCCAAUAGUCGAAGGUAGCGAACGAGACCCUAACGGUCUCACAUACGAUGAAUACAUGCGUCUUAACCCACGAGCCAUGAGAAACGUGGUUGUGGACGAUGGAGGCCACUAUCGGACUCCUCACACCAACGGGACUGAUGAGAGGUCUCGCUAA